AUGGCAAAGGUCAUGCAGUUGUUGAAUGUGAAUCUGUUGGAUACGUCGCGGUGUUGUUCCGCGGUCGACAGGUUGAAGCACUUGUGCCUUUGUCGGAAAUACCAAGGUGACAGUGAGGAGCAACUGCGUCAGCGCAAGGAAGCCGAAGAGCGAAUCGCAGCCCAAAAUGAGUUCCUCCGAACCUCCUUACGAGGGUCACAUAAGCUACAAGCGCUUGAGUCGAAUCCGCCUAACUCCACGUCCUUCGUCAACGAAGCCUACGAAGAAGACGAGGAAACAUCACACUUGUAUAACCUAGUUGAUUACCAAGAAGUAUGUGCAGCUCUAUCGAGGGUCCAAAAGGCGCUGGGAUCCAUCGGCGAGUCCGGUCUCGCGGCGAGAGUCGCCGGCGCAGCCAGUGCGCUGCUCAACCCAGGUCUGAGGACAGCCCUGGCUACGAGGUCCGCUGUUUUGACAACUGUCAGACAUAAGCGACCUGGCUUGACUCCCCCACAAACGCAACGAGCGACAGAUCGCUUAAAAGAUUGUAUAGAUGUACUAGGAUCACAUACGUCGUCGGGAGGCGAGACGUCGGGGCUGGCAGCCGAGCUGCUGUCCAUACUGGGCGGUUUGGAGCUAGAGAACUUGCUGCAAGCGCACGACCAAGCGGCCGCCUUGCUGGACCCCUCUUGUUUUGCGAGAGGGAAACGAAAUAAGACUGCAAACCACGUCGGCGAGAAUGACAAGUUCCAGCCGAGCAAUUCGCCGGACGACACCAGCGAUACAAUUAAGAUUAUUAAAAUCGAAAAGACUAAUGAACCUCUUGGUGCUACAGUGCGAAACGAAGGCGAGGCCGUGAUAAUAGGUAGGAUAGUGAGGGGUGGUGCAGCGGAGAAGUCUGGCCUGCUGCACGAAGGAGACGAGCUGUUAGAAGUGAACGGUGUGAGCAUGCGAGGGAAAUCAGUGCACGAAGUGUGCCAAGUGCUGGGAGGAUUGGUCGGCACGCUGACCGUGGUGCUGGCGCCGCGGGCCAGGCCACGCCCACCUCCCGCGCAUCGCGUGCUGCAUGUGCGUGCGCACUUCGACUACGAUCCAGAGGACGACGUCUAUAUACCUUGCAGGGAACUAGGUAUAAGUUUCCAAAAGGGCGACGUCCUCCACGUGAUCAGCAGAGAGGAUCCGAACUGGUGGCAGGCAUUCCGGGAGGGUGAGGAAGACCAGACCCUAGCCGGACUUAUUCCUAGUCAAGCAUUCCAGCACCAACGGGAAUCGAUGAAGUUAACUUUAGCCGGCGAAGUGGCGGCGAGAGAUAAGCCUCGGAAAGGAGGCACGCUUCUCUGCGCCAAGAAGCCACCCCGGAAGAAGAAGGGGAAGAAGGCCACCAGUGAAGCCGGAUAUCCACUUUAUUCUACUUCCGGUGGUGAUGAAUAUGAACAAGAAGAGAUCCUAACAUACGAAGAGGUCGGUCUAUACUACCCUAGAGCAUCACACAAGAGACCCAUAGUCCUCAUCGGUCCACCUAACAUCGGGAGACACGAGCUGCGACAGAGGCUGAUGGAAGACACGGCGAGAUUUGCGGCUGCCGUGCCACAUACGUCGCGGCCUCGCAAAGAUCACGAGGUGCCCGGUCAGGACUACCACUUCAUUUCGCGGACGCAGUUCGAAGCAGAUAUCCUCAACAGGAAGUUUGUCGAGCACGGGGAAUAUGAGAAAGCGUAUUAUGGUACAUCAUUGGAAGCGAUACGCGAAGUGGUGAACUCUGGCAAGAUCUGCGUACUAAACCUUCACCCGCAGUCUUUAAAGAUUCUACGCAGCUCUGAUUUGAAGCCCUACACGGUGUUCGUGGCUCCGCCCAGCUUAGAGAAGCUCCGGCAGAAAAAGAUCAGAAAUGCGGAAGCCUAUAAGGAAGAGGAAUUGAAAGAAAUAAUAGCAACAGCCAGAGAUAUGGAACUCCGCUGGGGCCAUCUCUUCGACAUGAUCAUCAUCAAUAACGACACUCAACGCGCCUAUCAACAACUAGUUAACGAAAUCAACAGUCUCGAAAGAGAACCACAGUGGGUUCCAGCGCACUGGCUCAAGCACACCUAG